CGUAUCUCAGGUGGGUGGGGAUGUCACUGAAAUGAGGUCUUGUGUGUCAGACAUACAAUCCGUGGUGUCAGGCAGAUUUACGAGUUGUUACGGUUUAUUCGCGUUAUUUACCGUGCUAUUGAGGUUGUAGCUCGAGUUAACUUUGUGUAGACUAACGUUACAUUGCGGCAAAACCCGGAAGUAUUCGCUCGUUUGUACUUUUUACGAGCUUGUGUUACAUGAGCGUCACCCGCGCCUCGUGCGAUAGCUAACAAAAAUAAAAACAACUGAAAUAUCUCUUCUGGACGAAAACGCGUAUCUUCGGAAGUUAUUGUUGGGAGAUGUGCUCACUUCAUCGUUGCUACUAGCGAAAACAAGAGUUGUUUAUCGUGUUUAUCGCGUCUGCUGUGGGUACCUGCUGUCACACAUGCAGCCACCGCUGGUCAGGAGACUCAACUCUGGGGAUAAAUUCAUGGAGCAAGGUUAAGACUGGACAAACCCUUAACACAACUCUAUCAACCACUGCCAAAGUUAAAAGGCUAUUUCUUCCUCAGACGUGAGUGGACACUUGAUUGUUUUGCUACAAAAACAACGUAAGAGGGUGUGUUUUUGUUGUUUUUUUGGGGACCCCCAUCCCCUCUUUCUAACCCCACCGGGGAUUCAUAAAGGAGGCAGGCGACAUGGUGGUCAACACCAUCCACUGGUUCAGGAAGGGGCUGCGGCUGCACGACAACCCGUCUCUAAGGGACUCUAUCCGGGAUGCGGACACACUGCGCUGCGUUUACAUCCUGGACCCUUGGUUCGCAGGGUCCUCCAAUGUGGGCAUCAACAGGUGGAGGUUUUUGUUGCAGUGCUUAGAGGACUUGGAUGCCAGCCUGCGCAAACUCAACUCCCGCUUGUUUGUCAUCAGAGGCCAGCCCACAGAUGUCUUCCCUCGGAUUUUUAAGGAAUGGCAGAUCAACUGUUUAUCUUAUGAGUAUGACUCUGAGCCGUUUGGCAAAGAACGUGAUGCUGCCAUCCAAAAACUAGCCUGCGAGGCUGGGGUAGAGGUCAUGGUGCGGACUGCACACACCCUCUACAAUCUGGACAAGAUCAUAGAGCUCAAUGAUGGUCAGUCUCCUCUCACGUACAAGCGCUUCCAGGCCCUCAUCAACCGUAUGGAUGCUGUGGAGAUGCCUGCAGAGACCAUCACUCUGGACGUUCUCAGAACAUGUGCCACACCCAUCAGUGAUGACCAUGAUGACAAGUUUGGGGUGCCCUCCCUGGAGGAGCUUGGUUUUGAGACGGAGGGCCUGACCACAGCAGUGUGGCCAGGUGGAGAAACAGAAGCCCUCAUGAGGCUAGAGCGACAUCUGGAGAGGAAGGCAUGGGUGGCAAACUUUGAACGUCCACGUAUGAACGCCAACUCCCUGCUGGCCAGCCCCACAGGCCUCAGCCCCUACCUGCGCUUUGGAUGUCUCUCCUGUCGGCUCUUCUACUUCAAGCUUACUGAUCUCUACAGGAAGGUCAAGAAGCACAGCAGCCCACCACUGUCCCUGUAUGGCCAGCUGUUGUGGAGGGAGUUCUUCUACACGACUGCCACCAACAACCCUUGCUUUGACAAGAUGGAUGGAAACCCUGUCUGCGUCCAGAUCCCCUGGGACCGAAACCCAGAGGCACUGGCCAAGUGGGCGGAGGGACGGACAGGCUUUCCCUGGAUAGAUGCCAUCAUGACCCAGCUGAGGCAAGAGGGGUGGAUCCAUCAUUUGGCGAGGCACGCUGUGGCCUGCUUCCUCACCAGGGGAGACCUCUGGGUCAGCUGGGAGGAAGGCAUGAAGGUGUUUGAAGAGUUGCUUAUAGACGCAGACUGGAGUGUAAAUGCUGGCAGCUGGAUGUGGCUCUCCUGCAGUUCCUUUUUCCAGCAGUUUUUCCACUGCUACUGCCCCGUGGGAUUUGGACGACGCACAGACCCCAAUGGGGACUACAUAAGGCGUUAUUUGCCCAUACUGAGAGGCUUUCCAGCCAAAUACAUCUAUGAUCCUUGGAAUGCCCCAGAGGAGGUGCAGAAGGCAGCCAAGUGCAUCAUAGGAGUCCACUACCCCAGGCCCAUGGUGAACCAUGCCGAGGCCAGCCGCAUCAACAUCGAGCGGAUGAAGCAAAUCUACCAGCAGCUUUCCUGCUACAGAGGACUGGGCCUGCUAGCAACAGUACCUGCCAAUCCCAACAAUGGUGCAAAUGGCAGUACAGUCGAAGGAGUCACCACAGGGACCAGUCAAGGUCCAGCAGUGUCCUCUGAAGGCUUCUCCACAUACGAGGGACCGUCUCGAACAGAAAGAGCACAGUCCACACAGAAGCGGCGCCGUGAAGAGGCUUCACCCAAAGGCAGCUCUAAAUCCUGGAAGCAGAGCAAAUAGAGUGCAAAAGGCAGAAAACAAAGGGUCCCUCAGUUGGCCGGGAUCAUCCGGUCAGCAUCCUGUCCUGCCGUGCCCUCAGCUGACACACAGUACUAACUGUAACUAACAACCAUAGAGGAGGCACAAUGGAUCCAGCUGACACUAUUGACUAUGUUUAAAGGUCUCCCUUCAGUACAAGAUAUCUGUAACAUGUCUUGGUCUCCUGAGAAGACACAUCACACGUCUCAGGAACCAAGGAAUGAAAUCAGAGAAAAUGCUCACAUUGAAAAGAAAGUAUCCCAUAACAGCAGGGUGUAAAAGGAAAAACAAGUGAUCUAUAAGGUCCUUACAUCAGGGUGUGUGAGGCCACCUAUUGUCUUCCACUAAAAUAUGUUACUGUACAACUUAUGAACCACCAAUUGUUAUCAUGAACGCCUCAACGCCUCCCAGGACUUUAUCUGAAUGAAACUGUGUAAUUCAGCUGAUUAUUAAAUUAUUAUUAAAAACAUCAGUUCUUAUAGAUGGUGAACUUAAAAUUUAGCAAAUACCUGACUCCUUCUGCCUCUACACUGCUUACCCAAAAACGUCAAAAUCUGAAAUCUGACUCCCAUGUGAUUGAUGGUAAACUGUAACAGUCUGGAGCCUGUGGAUGACUUGCUUUGUACAGUGGACACUGACAUAAGGUGACCUGAAUAACACACAGCCGUAUCUUUUCUUACAAAAAAAGCCCCCAAAUAUUUCAUAUUAAGAAUAUGAAGUCACUCUGUCAUGAUUGUAAAUAAUGUGAGAAUGUUUUUUUUUUGUUUUUUUUUCUCAAAGAUUUAGGACCCUAAGGUCUCAUGUACAGUAGUAAUGGAUAUUAAAAGCAAAUCUAUAAUUUGAUAAUAAAGCAGGCCUUACAAAGGCCAUCAUAUAUUUUGUAAAUACCUAUUGUUUUUAUUUCCAACUUUUGUAUAUUUGCUCCUGGUGGUUUCACAACUCCUUUUGUAAAUAACGUGUAACCAAAACUGAAAAAGUUCUACUGUGAAUGCAUGUGCUUUUGUCUCCCAUGUGAUGGUAAAUCUAUUAUUUUUGUAUAAAAAUGAUCAAAUUAUGGCUGUAUGGACAUGGCAAUAAAUGACAGAAAUAUUGCUGUAUA